AUUAGGCCUGUUGGAUUCGAUGAGAGAAGGUGAAUUAAUGAACGGAAUUUCUGUCCAGUGGGAGUAUAGCAUUGUAGGAUGGAAAUGCUGAUGUGUUAAAGCAUGUGUUAGAAGUUGUAAAGGGAAUCGGUGGGGAAAAUCAAAUUCCAUGUUCACUUGUGAGCAAGCAGACACACUGAUUUAAUAUAGUUAAUAUAGCUAGUGGUUAGUGAAGGACUCCUGAUACACCAUAAUUUAUUGCUGUUCUUUCGUUAAUCCUGUUUCUGGCGAAUUGCCAAGAUGACCGUUCCCGAGGAUGUGCCUAGAAAUAACUGCAACAAAUUUUGCUAUGUUAAAUCCAGAACCAUAAGAUCUAACCAUAAGUUUUUCCUCGAACCAUACAGUUAUACAGUAAACUGAUCACUUCUAAGGGUAGAGAAAAUAAUAGCCAAUGGAAAUUAAUCGUUCUCUCAUGUCUCAUUGUAUCUUAUUUAUAAAUAGUAAAAAAAAAAACUCUUCCUAGGAAUUGCAGAGGUUUUUGUUAAAGCCGUACAGUGAAAAACUCCGGAGGGUGAGGAGGCAGAAGAAAAAGAAGAAUUUAAUCUGAUCUGAACAAAAUAAUCAUCCAAAAUAUCAACCAGCAGAAAUAUGCAAAUCUAACAUUAAACAGAAAAAAACUACAGUUGAUUAAGAUGGAAUAGAUGUGUAUGAAAAUAUACCCCUGAUAUGAUAGACACCUGACCAUCCAUUUUACCAGCAGCCCAUAGCAAUCUGAGAUAACCAAAACGAAUAGUUCUUUUUUCCUAUGAAGAAUUACUGUUUGUAAAGCUUCAUCUUCUGUUGCAAUUGCAAGCUUAAUGUAAGAAAGAAAGAAAGAAAGAAAGAAAGAAAGAAAAAUUCAACAGCCAAAAAUAUAAAACUGAAUAAGAGGAAAGUAAAUGACUUUUUUUUUUCCCAAUGAACGUAUUUCAGAUUCAAUUACCGUAUAGUAACUCCCUUUUUGACUUGAAUAAAUAGAUAGAUAAAUAAAUAAACAGUCCUCAGUGAUGGUUAUUGUGCUUAAGAGGAAGCAGUUCGUACAUUUCCUCAUUCCCUGGAUUUUCCCCAAGUGAGCAGAUAUAUUGCUCGAGUACUUGCAGCUCUGCAUCACUCAUCAUUUUGAUGUGGACUAAAAGGACAAACUAAAGAUGUGGUCUUAUUUGAGGGUCGGAUUUUUGCUCUUUUUCUUGGCUGGUGCUAUGACAGGAGAAAAGCCUAGAGGCUGUUUGCCUCAAAAUGAGCUCCUGAGCCAGGCAAAGAAGUUUCUGCGGCGGACAGGCAGACACACUGAGCACAGAGCUCCACAUGCUGUGUCCACCGCGUCCUGCUCCGAUUUCACACACUGGGUCUUCUCGUCUGAUCUGAAGAACCGAUCACUGUCUCCUUGGCGAUCAAGACUUGAGACUGAUCACGACAUGAUUCCGUCAGUAUAUGAAGUGGCCGAGUGCCUAUGUUCCGGCUGCAUCAUUAACGGCUCUGAAAACACCGACUACAACUCCGUCCCGGUGAUGCAGCGCAUCAUGUUCCUGAAGAAAGUGUCAUGUCCAUCUGAUCCGGAUAAAUACUCUCUAGAUGUUGUGUAUAAGACAGUCCCAGUCGCCUGCACGUGCGCCGUGCCCAAACAAUAACCUCUUGUAGAGGCAUCAGCGUUUAACCAAGACAAAAAUGUAGAGACGUGUCUCGUUUAUGGUUGUGUUUGUUUUAAAACGCAAAACUGUUUAAAUAUUUGUUUUUGCGUAAAAAGCACUGAGUGCUGUGUAUAUUCCAUAAGCUGCAUUUUCCCCAUGGAAUUAUUAUGCAGUCAAAGAUGCAGUUGGGCACAUUGUCGCACAUACACUACUGUAUAUUUAGUGUUUAUUUAUGUGAUAAUUUAUUGACUAUUUAUUUAAAUUAUUUGACUUCAGUUUUGAAGUUUUGUUUUGAAGUUUUCUUUCAUUUGCUGUUUUCCUUUGAUCUGUUUAACUGAUAGGCUGCCUGUAAUAUUUUAUUUAAUAAGUUUUAUAACACUUUCUCCUUGGGCAGUAUAAUGUAAUGCAAAUGUUUUGAAUAUGAUGUAACAUUCAAGUACCUAUUUUAUUUAUAGCUAAUAAAGAC